AUGCCCGAUAUCUAUAGUUCAACUCCUGGUGGUACUAUAUACUCUACAACCCCUGGAGGCACCCGGAUCAUCUACGACAGAAACUUCCUGAUCCAGUGUAGGAAUUCCCCACUAUCGCAGACCCCCCCUACCAAUCUCCCUCUCAUUCCCGGGAUCACGUGCCCA